GAUCAGUUGCCACUUUGCCAGCAAGUGCCUGAGUACAAAUCAUUGCUCUGAAAUCAAUUUUUUUUUUUUAAAACAGCAGUGAUGAAUUCAAUUAAGAUUGCAUUACAAAAGAUACCUAAAGAUGUUAUCAAGGCGAAAAAAUUUCAUCUUUCUAGGGGUAUUUCAAGUAGUGCUGUAGGACCUUUAACCCAAUUUACUGAAGAUGAAAUGUUAAUGAAAGAAACUGUGGCAAAACUAGCUAAAGAUGAGAUAUUACCCUUGGUAAAAAAAAUGGAAAAAGAAGGAAAAAUCGACGAUGGUCUUUUAAAAAAAUUAUUUGAAAAUGGAGUAAUGGGAUUAGAAAUACCAACAGAAUAUGGUGGUGCUGGAAGUAAUUUCAUGUCAACAAUAUUAUCCGUUGAAGAAAUAGCCAAAGUUGAUGGUUCUGUUGCUGCUCUUGUUGACAUUCAUAACACCCUCGUUAAUUCUCUCAUAAUGAAAGUUGGCACAGACGAACAAAAAGCCAAAUAUUUACCAAAAUUAGCUCAACAAUUUCCAGGAAGUUUUUGUCUAACUGAGCCAAAUUCUGGAUCCGAUGCAUUUUCUUUAAAAACCGAGGCUAAAAAAGAUGGUAAUCAUUAUGUAAUUAAUGGAUCAAAAAUGUGGAUAUCAAAUUCUGAUAUUGCUGGUGUAUUUAUCGUCUUUGCAAAUGCCAAUACAUCAGCGGGUUAUCGAGGGAUCACAACAUUUUUUGUUGAUCGAGAAAUGGAGGGUGUGACUAUUGGUAAACGUGAAGAUAAAUUGGGUAUUAAAGCAUCAGGAACAUGUAUGGUACAUUUUGAAAAUGUUAGAGUACCUGAAGAUAAUAUACUUGGUGAAUUUGGAAAAGGAUAUAAAUAUGCUGCUUCAUUUUUGAAUGAAGGAAGAAUUGGUAUUGGUGCACAAAUGAUUGGAAUAUCACAAGGUGCAUUUGAUGCAACAAUUCCAUAUACACUUGAAAGAAAACAAUUUGGAAAUUCUAUAUUUUCAUUUCAGUCAAUGCAACAUCAAAUUGCUCAAGUACAUGCUGAAUUAGAAGCAGCGAGACUUUUAGUUUAUAAUGCUGCAAGAUUAGUUGAGGCUAAACAAGAAUUUGCUAAAGAAGCUGCAAUUGCAAAAUUAAUUGCUUCAGAAACUGCUCUCAAGGUCACAGCAAAGUGUAUAGAUUUUAUGGGUGGUGUUGGUUUUACAACUGAUUUUCCACAAGAAAAAUUCUUUAGAGAUUGUAAAAUUGGAACUAUUUAUGAAGGAACAAGCAAUAUGCAACUAUCAACAAUUGCCAAACACAUUAAAAAAGCUUAUUCGUAAUUUUUUUUAAUAUAAAUAUCAAUUAAUCAUUUAAACAACUGCCAAUUUGUGCAUUCAUCAAAUUUUUUAUUUAAUUAUUCAAAUAAUUAUUUGAUUUUUUUUUUAUUUUACAUUCAUUCAGACUGUACCAUAAAAAGUAUACGCUCAUAUUUUAAUAAAAAUAAAAAAAUAUAUUAUACUUACAACAAUUGUUUUAGCAAAAAUUAAUUUUACUAAAUUUCGAUUUUUUUUUUUCUUAUGAAUGUUUCUUUAUUUUUAUAUGAUAAUUUCGAAACAAAAUUUAAUAUUAUAAUAUUUUGCAUAAAUGUAUAAAAAUGAAUUAAAUAUUAUUAUUAAUAAUAAAAAUA